AUGUAUAGACUGGCCUUGAGAUACUUCAGGCAGAAUCUGCACCAAGUUUGUCAUCGUCAACUUUCAAAUUCGGCAACUAGAUCAUUGGCCACUUCAGCUUCUCCAUCAGUAGCACAAGCCAAAACUACCAACGAAGAGGCUUCUUCCCAAAAACCCUUGUCUUCCACUACUAAAUUGGACACAACUACCGGUAAUAUCCAUGUUUCCACCCCUUUGGAGUCGCCGAUCCAACCACCAGAGGGAUCUUCCAUAUCUUUAAAGUCUGCAACAAGAGACGCUUCCAAAUUUGGUACUCGUCCAAUCUAUCUCGACGUGCAGGCAACAACGCCAGUUGACCCUAGGGUUUUGGACAAGAUGUUGGAAUUUUACACGGGACUCUAUGGUAAUCCUCACUCAUCAACACAUGCAUACGGUUGGGAAACCGAUAAAGAGGUUGAAAAGGCUCGAGAACAUGUAGCAAGUGUAAUCAAUGCCGACCCAAAGGAAAUUAUCUUUACAAGUGGUGCUACAGAGACUAAUAAUAUGGCUAUCAAAGGUGUGCCACGUUUUUACAAGAAAACCAAGAAACACAUCAUCACUACUCAAACCGAGCACAAGUGUGUAUUGGACUCGGCUAGACACAUGCAAGAUGAAGGCUUUGAUGUGACUUAUUUGCCUGUUAAUAAGGAAGGACUAAUUGACUUGGAUGACUUGAAGAAAGCCAUUAGAAAAGAUACCAUUUUGGUCUCAGUGAUGGCAGUAAACAAUGAAAUUGGUGUUAUACAGCCAUUGAAAGAGAUCGGUGAGAUUUGUCGCGCAAACAAGGUAUUCUUCCAUACCGAUGCAGCUCAGGCAUAUGGUAAGAUCCCAAUCGAUGUGAAUGAAAUGAAGAUUGAUUUGUUGUCCAUUUCGUCACACAAGAUAUACGGUCCAAAGGGUAUUGGCGCAUGUUAUGUGAGAAGAAGACCAAGAGUGAGAUUAGACCCUAUCAUUACUGGUGGUGGACAAGAAAGAGGUUUGAGGUCAGGUACUUUGGCACCACCUUUGAUUGCCGGUUUUGGAGAGGCUGCCAGAUUGAUGAAGGAAGAGCACAAGUUUGACCAGGAUCAUAUUGAAAAGUUGUCAGCUAAGUUGAAAGAUGGUUUACUUUCAAUUCCAUCCACUAUUCUCAAUGGUUCAACCAACCCAAAGUUCCAAUAUGCUGGCUGUGUUAAUGUCUCGUUUGCUUACAUUGAAGGUGAAUCAUUACUUAUGGCGUUGAAAGACAUUGCUUUGAGUUCUGGUUCGGCUUGUACCUCAGCAAGUUUAGAGCCCUCUUAUGUCUUGCACGCAUUGGGAGCCGAUGAUGCUUUGGCACACUCUUCGAUCAGAUUUGGUAUUGGAAGAUUUACUACAGAGAAUGAGGUUGACUAUGUGAUUCAGGCAAUCAACGAGAGAGUCGAGUUUUUGAGAAAAAUGUCGCCAUUAUGGGAAAUGGUGCAAGAAGGAAUUGAUUUGGAUUCUAUCGAAUGGAGUGGCCACUAA